AUGAGGUACCACGCGAUGCAGACAGUAUUACCGGUGGUGUUGGGCCUGGUGGGAGUUUCACAAGCCGCCAACGUACUCUUUAUGUCCGGUGUGCCAUCGCCAAGUCAUUACAUCUGGUUGCGGCCGCUGAUGUACGAAAUGGGAAAACGGGGACAUAAUGUGACCGUGCUCAGUGCCGACGUUGAGAAGCCACCGGCGAACGUGACGUACAUUCAUCUGGAGAACUUCUACAGCGCCAUGUACAAUACUACGAUGCGGGAAAAGUUUGACUUCUUCGAAAUGGCUAAACAAAGCCCGGUCCAGAUGUUGCACAUGUUCGACGAGUUCGGUCUUAACCUGUGUGAGGCGGCCAUCCGGUCGGAAGGAUUGAACUUUCUACUCGGCUACCCGAAGGACUUCAAGUUCGAGCUGUUUGUGAGUGACUUCAUGAUCGGACCCUGCAUACCUUCGAUCAUAAUGCACCGAUUUAAGGGUGUACCGUACAUUCCUUCCACGCCGUACAAUGCGCCAUCCACGGCGGCAACGGUUCUGGGUGCGUUCGCAUACCCCGGGCUGGUACCGAACCACGUGUUCGAUGUACCGCAGAGCAUGAGUUUUGUGCAGCGUGUAAAGAACUUCUACUACGACAUGUACGAGAUGAUCAUUCACGAGGUGUACAUGCAUCCGGAGGCGGACAAGAUCGUGCGCAAACUAUAUCCGGACGCACCUCCGACGAACACGUUCUACAAAAACGUGCGCCUAUCGUUGUCCAACAUCAAUCCAAUCAUCCAGUACAAGGAGCCGAUGAUGCCGAACAUGAUACCCGUCGGUGGGCUACAAAUUAUGCCCUCAAAACCCCUGCCGGACGACUUGCGCAAGGUGGUCGAGAGUGCCAAGAACGGGUUCAUUCUGUUCUCGCUCGGUAGUAACGCGCGCAGCGAUCUGCUCGGUCCCGAGCGUGUUCGCAACAUUCUGAAUGCCAUGGAGCGGUUACCGCAGUACCAGUUCCUGUGGAAGUUUGAAUCCGACGAGUCCAAGCUACCCGUACCGGUGCCGAAGAAUGUGUACAUCCGUGCCUGGAUGCCACAGAACGAUCUGUUGGCCCAUCCCAACAUUAAGCUCUUCAUCACGCACAGUGGGCUGCUGAGCACGCAGGAAGCGAUCUGGCAUGGUGUGCCGAUUGUUGGGUUCCCGCUGUUUGCCGACCAGUUCCGAAACAUCAACUACUGCGUGGAGGUCGGUAUCGCGAAGCGACUCUCGAUGCAACACUUCCAGGCGAACGAGCUGGUGCAGGUGGUGCAAGAAAUGUUGGGCAACGCUGGGUACAGCCAGAGGAUGAAACAAAUGUCGCGGCUCUUCCGCGAUCAGCCCGAAAGCCCACUGGAACGGGCGGUCUGGUGGUGCGAAUGGGUGCUGCGGAAUCCGGACGCGAUUCUGCUACAAUCGCCAGCAGUGUACAUGAGCUGGUUCCAGAAGUAUUCCUACGAUGUGUUAACGUUUAUGCUCGUGGCGCUUCUUGCAGCUGUAGGGAUGGCGUUGAAGGUGGUAAAUAUUGCCAAGAACAGUUUCUUGAAUGGAGCAAAGAAAUCUAAAGUCGAGUAG